UGUCUCCCAGGAAACAAAAUCACAUCGAACGUUUUCCGAUGAAUCGAUUCACGACGGUUUUUCAUUAGUGACCACGCCUCGAUAUACGAUACGAACAUGCGCUGGGAGGUCGUCCCGAGCAGCGCACUCUACCGGUCGAUGAAAGUUUCACCACUGCAGUCAGCAGGGAGGACGGCCAUUGACAUGGCUCUCGCAACGCAGUCCACGCCUCUUUUCUGACGCCAAGGGGGCCUCCUGCAGCAACCUCAGGCUCAGGCACCAAGUCACUCAGGGCUGUGCGAACUUUGUGUGGGAAGCGGUCCGAAGUCUUUCAGGCGACAGGGCGCGUUUUGACAGAUGCCAUAAUACGUCUUGCCACGAGGUGCACCCACCCACUCACCGAUCAGCUUAUCCCUCCACGAAAAAAGGUCUAUUUGGACCAUGGGACGAGGAAGACACGGUCCAAGAACCCACGAUAUCAUAUUCCUUUGGAGGCUUCACCGUGCUCGACUUUCCUUCGAUGGCAUCCACAAUAAAGCAAGGGAAUGGGACUGUACGUGUGACUCACAACAGGAUCUCCGAUGGCCUUGGCCUCUGAGGGGACAAGAUAUCACCAUAUCACUGGGGAAAAAAAGGUCGUUGGUCAUGCGACCAUCAACCGGCACCAGCUGGCCACCUGCAGAAAUGACGUGCCUUGUGCAGUCGUCACAUGCCCUGGACGAAUCCUGGAAUAAGUCCUCGCAUCGGUGGCCGAUCCGACCCCCUCUUUGAUAGUUGCAGAAUGCAAGUCCAUGACUGUAAGAACUGUUCCAUAUCCUUCCAUCAGCAGGAACCUGACAACGGGGAUUGGUGGCGGACAUCUGAGCAAAAUGUGCCCUCUCUGCUCUUCUCUGCCUAUCCCGAAAACCCGAGGCAGAUAGCUCCAAAGGAGAUCAAUCUAGCGCAAAGGCUCGUCAGCUCGCCUUGCGCUCCGGGUGCAGUAUCACACAGCGCCAGGUGAGACCUCAACUUUCUCGUUCAAUCAUCACCAGCACAGAAUGGCCCUUCUCUUACGGUCCUGCCACAUUGCCGCCGGCGUGACUUAUGCAUCGCUCUUCUUCCAGCCGGCUGUCAUGUCCAUGCUAUCGUCUCGCGGGAUUAACUGCGACCGGUGUUAUCGCUCAUUGAUGCGCGGCCAUGGAGGUAUGCCUGCAAUGGAGCAGCUUUGGUGUCGAUCUCGAUAUCUUGGGGAGACUUCGAAAAAAAGCCCCGGGCCAGAUCACCAAUCAAUCAAGCUGGCGGGGCUUAAGUCGUGCAGGUCUUGCAAUUUCGAAACCAUCUCCACCACUGCAAAGGAACGGCGCGAAUUGGUCUCCAUCCAGUAGGUUCCCCUCAGGGGGAUCCAGGUCCAAACCUGAAACAGGCUGGAUAUACGGAACACCCCAAGUUGCAUGCACUUCGAUCAGCACAUGCACACUUUGCGAUGGAACGAUACCUGUGUACGGAGUAGUACCUAGUUCAUCCUCGCUGGGUGCUUGUCCGAGUUCUUCAAUCCCCUUAGUCCAGGAGAGUCCAGGAGAGCCCGACUAAUACCAGAGCCAUCUGCCCACGGAGUUUCAAGACACGACAACCGGACGCCCGAAAAGGCACCCUUUCUUUUUCAUUCAUUAACUACUCUCCGAUCGAGAUUCGAGACACACCCGGUGUUGGUAUGGGGGGGAGAUCCCCCAAAUUUCGCCUAAAACGGCUGCAGAACAUGUCUCCCAAAGGAGCGCUAGUCGGUUGGUCCAAGCUGAGACCUGCUCGCCACGAAUCCCAUCAUUCCCUGGAACGCGCCACCUAUAGUACCUACACUGACUGACCUGUGCUGCGGACUCGUUGCGACAUGAUUCUGAGCGGCACGAUUUGACGUCUCUUCGCGAGGUCGCUCACUCACUCACUCACUCAAGCAACGGAUACGUUGGUACUCAUUGGCCCUCGUACAUGUUUCCACUCCACUCCACCACGAUUCACUAAGUUCCUGUGUAGGAAAAAAAAAAAAUUUAAAAAAUUCGACGGGAAUGAGGAGCCAGCCCAUGGCCCACAACUCCCGUCGAGGCCAGCCCAUGGCCCGCUGGGGGCCGCCGCGCAUCUAACCGAUGAGGAUCCGGGUCUCACUA